GUGUUUCGGGUCAGUGAGCUCAGGAGUGGGUUGGCCGUUUGAACCUGGCAUCUUUCAGAAUUUGAGAAUAGUUAUUGGAAGCGAGAGAAGGGUAGAGCGGGGAGUUCCACGGAGAAAGUAUCUGAGAUUUGUAUUGAAACUCAGCGGAAUGAGCUCUAGCUGUGGGGGCUUAAAAUGGAGAGGCUGGGUUUGGUCUGAGGAAGCGUCUCAGAGAGGAAUGAAAAGGAGGCUUUAGAUCCAGAGCGGGCUUUCCAGAAGGGGAGCCCCGGGCUCCUAAUAGGUCUGUCUCAGUAGGCGGACUUCUAUAUGUAGAAGAGUAUGAUUGAAAAAAUGAGGCCUCUAUUUAAAAUGCUACGGGGAUCAGAUUGGGAGAUGUCACUCUACCUCACUUUCCCCGUGGUUAUGUUUUGGAUCUCCAAUCAGGCAGAGUGGUUUGAGGACUAUGUUGUCCAGCGCAAGAGGGAGCUGUGGCCACCAGAGAAGGAGGCUCAGCGCCAGGAGCUAGAAGAAUUCAAACAGAAGGUCCGGAAGCAGAGGGAAGAGAGACUUCUUCAGGCUGCUCAGCAGAGCUCCUGAGACCUUCAAGUAUUCAAGUCCCGGCGCCUCCACCCAGGAAAUAACACACACUCAAUGCUUUGUUACUAGUG